AUGUACUCAAAACUGAAGUUCCUCCAAGGCAAUUCGACUACCUCAGUUCGAUCAGCCUCUCAAUUCCUCAUAGACCUCCGAGGUCGGAGAAUUCAAUCGGACGAAAUCAUGGUCUCCUUCGAUGUGACGUCGUUAUUCACAUCUAUCCCACCAAACGUGGCCCGCGAAGUCUUGCGCAAGAGACUUGAAGAGGCGUACGAUGAGACUCAGAAUGCCCUCAAAAUUGAACACCUCAUGAGGCUGUUUGAAUUCUGCCAACAAACUUUCUUCACUUUUGCGGGAGAGACCUAUGAACAAAUCAAGGGAACCCCAAUGGGCUCACCGGUCUCCGGUUUGGUGGCAGAACUGGUCCUACAGGAGUUGGAAAAGAUUGCCUUCCUCCAACAUGAACCGGUGUUUUGGCGACGUUACGUUGACGACACGUUCGUCAUCGUAAAGAAGGACAUGCUGCAACAUUUUCACAGCCUGCUCAACGCAGUCUUCCCGGAUAUAAAAUUCACGAGAGAAGAAGAACAGGAGCAGCAGUUGCCCUUCCUGGAUGUGCUCGUCAGACGAAACCUUAACGGUGAACUUGAAACGACGGUUUAUAGGAAGGCAACGAACACCACACAGCUUCUCAGUUUUCACAGCAACCAUCCGGUGGCUCACAAACGAAGCUGUGUGAAGACACUCUUCAAACGGAUCCAAACUCAUUGCAGCAAACUGGAAGAUAGAGCGCGUGAGGCCCGUUAUCUCCGCGACCAGUUUGUGCAAAAUGGCUAUCCGAGGGCAUUCAUAAGUCGCUGCCUACGCGGUCGCCACCAGAGAACUCAAACAUCAACGCCACCGACGAUAUGGCAUUUUCUGCCAUACAUCAAGGGUGCUUCAGAAGCGACCGAACGCAUUGCUGCGGAGCUAGGGGUUGGAAUCGCACACCGCCCCAAAGCCACCAUGCGCAACAGGGUCAUGAAGAUCAAAGACCGGUUAAAACCCGAAGAGCAAUCUGGAGUAGUGUAUCGCAUUCCGUGUCAAAAUUGUCCUUGUAAUUACACAGGACAGACUGGACGCAUGCUCGGAUCGCGCAUACAUGAACAUAAGCUGGCUGUGAGGCGAGGCGACGCAUUGUCACAAGUGGCCGCCCACACCUACGAAAUGGGUCACGAGUUUGACUUCGCAGCCACCAAAAUAGUUGCCCACGCCGAAAACAAAACAGGCCGAGAAUUGAUUGAAGCCUGGGCCUCGGAUGAGAACUCGGUCAAUCGAUUUAUCGAUCUGGCGCCGGCGUACAGAGCCCUUCGUAGUCACCUCCAGUCGUGCGACGUCGGUCGAUGA